AUGGCUCGUGUCAGAGCCCACAAGAUGGCAUCCCCUCCACCCCUCAAGAAGCGAAGCGACAGGCAGAUGCAUGCCAGCGUGUACAUGCCCUCUGACUGGUCUGACAACAUCCUCGACACACUACGCAAGCUCGCCCUCAGCACCGCCCUACAACACGCCAUUGUCCGGGUAGGCUACCACGCGGCCCUACUCAAGAUCAGCAGGCUGUUUGUGCGCCUUGCAAGGACCGUUACGACCGAAGUGCAAAAUCGAGCGGGAGCGCACCCACCAAAUCUCAAGGCGGUCUUGGGUCCCAUCAUUAACCGCCGCAACAAGAAGAGCUCGCUCAGUGUUGCAGCGUCUCCAGAAGCCGCACAUAGAGACUCGAGAGCCAGCAUUGUGGGCCUCCGGUAUGGCUCAGACACUUUGAGAAACCUGCCCAGUCUGCCACUGAGCUCGAGACGCGGGGCGGACCAGGAGACAAUGGUCAUGCACUUGGUGUCGCGGCGCUCGUCUACGCCGCCGCCUGAAGGCAGAGCGAGGUUGCCCGAUGCACGAGGGCUGUACCCAAGCAGUUCAAGACAUCGUUACCAGGGCCUCGAGAGCCUGUGCGACUACCGCCCAGGCUGCCCUUUGGCGCCCACCAGCGGCACCACUCCUACCACUGCCCGAGCACUCAGACGAAGCAAAAUUUGCCUCCAGCACCAUCACUGCUGUCUCUGA